AUGGAUCCAAGAUCACGAUUUAUUUUUUCCACUGCUCAAACGUAUUUCCAGCUGGACAGAAUCAAUCUGAAUGAGCUUGAAAAUGAGCGACACGUCGUUAGCUUUUUAGAUUGCCUAAAUAUUUUUACUCUUGCUUGCUAUCUCGGAAAAGACGGAAGUUUAUUGUUUUUUAAUGAAAUUGUGCAUCAUGACAACACAAACCAAAUGCUCGUGUUCGUCAAAUUACAACCAACCUACAUAAAUGAGGAGAAUUACAAAUCAAGCGUUAUGGUUUGUUCAAUUCCUGGUUCUCCGGUUCUUAGUUUCUACAACUCUAUCAGCAAAUUAUUCGCGCCUUUGUUGCUAAAAGGUGAUGAUAAAUCAAUCUUACAAGACCCAAAGAUACAGAUGGCUCUCACCAAUCUGGCUGCUGGAUUGUCUGCCGCCGUUAGCAAGGGUGAUGGUUCUGAAAACACGAUAAGCAUUUUCACGCUCAUGGAUGAAGUUAAUUAUUGGCGCAACCAAUCAAAAUGCUGUUCAAACAAUAAUAUAGAUGAGAUGAAGCAGUGUGAGUUGUUCGUAUCCCUUCUGGAAGGUCCAGCCAAAGAAUGCAAUCGUAUUGAGUCUUCAUCCCAGUCAGCCUCGGAUUCAAAGAUUGACUCAUUAGGGUUGUCUACUCAUUGUUCUAAUUCCACUCAAAAACAGCCUUCUUUUGGAGUUUUUCUAACAGAUUUAAUUGACAUUCUUGACUCACUUUUAAUAGACACGCUGGACGAACUAUGGAGGUGCACCGAUUCAAGGGUGACACAACCUUAUCCAGAGCACAGGAUGCGCCAACUUAUUGAAAGUUUGAGUUACUGGACAAUACGCAUGAUCCAAAGUUUUCUGGGAAGUGUUCACACGUUGUCAGAGAAAACCGAAAUAUCCAUCUCAAGUUUAUGGAUUUUGCCUUUUGAUGAAGUUAAACAGGCUAUUCAAUUAAGCAUUGAAGCAUGUGAACGAUGGAUAAAAUCUACUGAUUUAUUAACUCAACAAUUAUGGCCACGUUAUACACCACAUCCAUGGAAUGGUCCAUUACCGAAUUUGGCAUAUCUAAUCCAGUUUAAAAAUCGAUUGAAUGAAAUUCUUAACUUACGUGGUUUAUACGAACAGUUAUAUUAUUUUACAACACCCAUUGAACAUAAUCAAUUCAAAAUGGAUUCUGGAUUACAUAAUAUCAUAUUUAAUACAUUAGAAUUUGACAAUCUAAAAGAAGAUAUAAUAUCACCUAUAUUAAAACAAUUUAUUAAUCCAUUAGCUUAUAAUCCUUAUACAGUUGAACAAUGGCAAUCUGUUAUACAAUUAAUUGAUAUACGUCUUCAACCAAUUGAAGAAUGUGCAACUAAUAGAUUUCGAACAAAAAUACUAAGCUUAUCUAAUAAAGUUGAUUCUUCUGGUGUUACUUAUUCCAAUCGAAUUGUUUCAAAUCAAAUUUUGAUGGAAUUUCAAAAAUUUCAAUAUUUAAUUCAUCGUCCUACUGCAGCAAAAAUUUUACAAUCAGAAAGAGAAUUACUCCUUGGUUAUUUGGAAGUUUCAUUGAAAGAGUAUCAUGUAGAAUUUUUAGCUAAGUCAAGUACUGCUAACUCAAAUUGGCAUUGUCACCAAGAACAAUCACAAAAGAGAUCUUUAAAAAUUAUAGCUAAAAAUAUUUCAGAUUGCAUAAAUCAAAUGCUCUGGGGAGGACAGCUGAAAAGUCGUAUACAAGAGGAACUUACACUUGUAAAAUUUCUUCUGUCUGAUUUACAAGGUUUCAGUGCAUAUGAACAGGAAGCUCUGAGUUUAAUUGAACAAAUUGAUGACUGGCACAAUGAACAAUUUCAAGCAUGGUCACGUGAUAGACUUUCAUCACUUUCGACAACAAAGGAAUCAAAUCAUUCUUCAUUAGCAUUUGAUCCAAAUGGUCCCCUGUUGAAUUUAUCUAAAGUUGAUGGUCAUUUAGAAGUUGGAUACCCUGAUGGUUUAAUGCAAUUACAACGAGAAGUGAGACUAUUGUCUGGAUUAGGUUAUCCGAUACCUUAUAAACUAAUAGAAGCUACAAAUCAAGCUGAAAAGAUAUCACAAUAUGCAGUAAUGUUGAGACAGGUGGCUCAUUUCUAUAAUUCUAUUGACAGUGAAAUGUUGCCAUUUCAAAAACCUUUAAUGCUUAAUUCAGCUUUAGCUUUUGAACGUUUAAUUAAAUCAUAUAAUUGUAAACAUACUGGUACUAAAGAAAAUUUGUUGAAUACAAUGACAUGGAAUCAAACUGAAGAAAUACAACCAUAUAUUCAACAAUUACAGAAAGCAACUAAACAAUUAAUAAUUGAAAAUCGUCGUCUACGUAAAGUACAUUAUAUGAUUAUAGAAAGAAUUAUCAAACUAUUGGAUAUUGAUUUACUACGUAAUCAAUCUAAAUGGAGAAAUGAAUUGAAUGAAAUGCGAUAUCAAUUAUCUGAAAUUGCUACCAAUGGUGGCUAUCCAGCUGAUCAUAUGGCACCAUGGAGAGCAUUUCUAGAUCAUCAAUUAUACAAAGUAUUGGAAUAUCAGUAUAGAAAAGGAUUAGAAGAAAUUAGUGAACGAAUGCCUGAAAUGCGUGUUGAUAUGGUUUAUAUACAAUCAUGUUUAGCGUUUCGACCACCAUUUGAAGAAAUUAAAGCUAAAUACUAUCGUGAAUUAAAAAAGUUCAUUUGUAUUCCAAACAAUUUUCGUGGAUUCAAUGAAUUUAUUACAUCUGUUGAUGAUAAUAACAAUAGAGAUAGUAAAACUACCACUACUUCCACAUCUCAUAUUAAUAAACAUAUAUUCUCAUAUAUAAUUGAUAAUCAAGAAAGUGGCCUACGUAUAUGUUAUAAAAAAGCUGAAUUCUUAUUUACUCGACUAUUUGGCAGUUUAGAACAAUUUCAAGAUUGGGUUAUAUUAGGUAGUUUAAAUUUGGAUGAUUUUGUGGAUUUACAUUGUCGUGAUCUGGAAGAUUAUGAAAGAAAUUUUAAGGCUCUUAAAAUACGUAGUCGUGAUGCAGAAAAAUUGCCAAAUGAAAUACGUAUUGAUUGUAUUAUAGUGAAUUGUAUACCAGUUAAAACGGCCAUUGACGGCUUACUUCAGAAUUUAUUCGAUACAUUACAAAAUUGCCUACGUAGGUCGAUUCAUGGUGAUUUAGUAGCUGCAGAUGGAUUUUUAACGGAUUCAUUAGAGAAGCUCUCCAAUCGACCUCAAACAAUUGAUGAAUUAAUUACAGCUAAAUCACAAUACAAUGAAUAUAGUAAAACAAUUCAUAAUUUAAAUGAUCAAAUUCAAUGUGCUGAAAGAAAAAAUCAACUACUUUGUACAGUAUCUGGUAAUGGUGUUACAACCAUAAAUACGAUAAAAACGAAAUGGGAAAAAUUCAAUGUUAUGAUGGAAAGUUUUCAAUUUAUGAUGAAUGAACAAUUAGAAAUUUUAAAAUCAAGUAUCAUCAAUGAAACAAAGGUGUAUUUUAAUAAUUUAGAACGUUUUAAAAGUCGUUGGAAUCAACUUAAACCAGGCAAAAAUAUAUUAGAUUCUAAUAAUAAUGAAUCAUGUCUAUCUGCUGUAACAAUAAUUAAAGAAUAUGAAACUGAAUUCCAUGAAUUGGAAUUGAUGCAUCAAAAAUUAAUACGUGAAUAUGAGUAUCUCGAUAUGCCCAAACCAGAUUUCUCAUUAGUUAAUGAAUUAGCUAAUGAUUUAAAUGAUUGUUCACUUAUGUGGUUAGAAUAUGAUAAUUUUUCUAAAGAACUUCAAAACUAUGCAAAGGAAGAUUGGAUAUCAUUUAAAUCGCGUUAUUAUGUAUUUGAAGAAUUUCUAACAGAAUGGUCUAAUAAACUUCGUUCUACACAACCAACUCCAAUGACUGUUCGAUUACAAAAAGAAAUUGAUGGAUAUAUGGAUCUUAUACCUGUAUUGAAAUGGUUAAAAGGUGAUUAUUUAACUAGAGAACACUGGUAUGAAUUAUUUCGUUUAAUUGGAUUAUCAAAAGAAAUAAAAUUAGAAAAUUUAUUAUUUGGUGAUUUUUUUCCAAUUAUACCUAAUAUAAUUAAUCAAUCUGAUAUGUUGAAAUCUUUAUCACAACGUGCACAAGCUGAAAUUGUUGUUAGAGAAGCUUUACAAGAAUUAGAUUUAUGGGGUUCUGGUACUACAUUCACAUUAACUGAAUAUAUUGAUAGUUCUGGACAAAUUGUGUAUUUGGUAAAAGAUUGGAAAGAAAUUAUUAGUCAGGUUGGAGAUAAUUUGGCUUUAUUGGCUUCAUUACAAGAUUCUCCAUAUAUUGACAAUUUUUUGGAUAGAUCCAAUGCUUGGGUACAACGUUUAACUGAUUUAGAUUAUUGUUUGACUAGAUUUCAAUUGGUACAACGUAAAUGGGUUUAUUUAGAACCAAUUAUGAGCCGUGGUGCUUUACCAAAAGAAACUGCAAGAUAUGCACAAAUCGAUGAAGAAUUUCGUAAACUAAUUGGUUAUUUAAAAGUAGAUAAUCGUGUGAUUAGUUUAGUUAGUGGUAUGAAAGGUAAAGCUUUGAAGGAUACAUUAAAUAAUUUACAGGAACAAUUAGCUAAAUGUCAACGUGCAUUAAAUGAAUAUUUAGAAGAAAAACGUAAUAGAUUUCCACGUUUUUAUUUUCUUGGUGAUGAUGAUUUAUUAGAAAUAUUAAGUCAAUCAACUAAUUCAAAUAUUAUACAAUCACAUUUAAAGAAAUUAUUUCAAGGAAUACAUACCGUGCAAUUCAAAGAUCAUCAUCAACAUCAUCAUCCAAAUAAUGAAGAUUUAAAAAUGGAUCAAAAUCAAUUAUCAACAACUAUUAUAGCGAUUGGUUCAUUUGAAGGUGAAAUGAUUCAUUUAAAUAAUUCAAUUCAAUUAACCAAUGAAAUUGAAUGUUGCCUUGAAAAAUUAACCAAUGAAAUGAAAAUGACAUUAAAUAAAUUAUUAAUUCAAUGUUUAAAUGAAUAUUCAAUAGAAAAUCAAUAUAAAAAUAAAUUUAAUUUAAAUAUAUAUCCUGAACAAAUUUUAAUACUAUCAGAAUUAAUUAAUUUUUGUAAAAAUGUUGAAAAUGCAUUAAAUUGUGGAGAAUUAAAUAAACUUAAAAAAGAUUUACAGUCUCAGUUAGCGAUGUAUACUACAGCUAAACAACAAAAGAACAUGAAAACAAUUGAACAUUGUACAAAUUCACAAGAAUCAAAUGUUCAAUAUUCAACUCUUUCACGUUUACAAUCUUGUAAAUUAAGUUCAUUAAUACUAGAUACAAUACAUUCAAUUGAUAUAAUUGAUCAGUUGAUUCGAAAUGGUGCAGUCAGCCCAAAAGAUUGGAUAUGGCAACGUCAAUUACGAUUUUAUAUUAAUAACAAUGAGAAUUCCAUGUAUAACUAUACAACUAAAAUAAAAAAUGAUAACAAUAAUUCAAUGAAAACAACUAUAUGUAUGGCUGAUGCAGAAUUCUUAUAUACAUUUGAAUAUCAAGGCAAUUCACCACGUCUAGUACAUACUCCAUUAACAGAUAAGUGUUAUUUAACACUAACACAAGCUAUGCGUAUGGGUUUAGGUGGUAAUCCUUAUGGUCCAGCUGGUACUGGUAAAACAGAAUCUGUGAAAGCUCUUGGCUCUAUAAUGGGUCGUCAGGUUCUCGUUUUCAAUUGUGAUGAAGAUAUUGAUCUACGUUCUAUGACGAGAAUUUUUGUUGGAAUAGUAAAAUGUGGUGCUUGGGGUUGUUUCGAUGAAUUUAAUCGAUUAGAAGAAUCUGUUCUCUCUGCUAUUUCAAUGCAAAUUCAGAUUAUUCAAGAUGCAUUGAAAUGUGGCACAUCACAAAUCAAUCUACUAGGUCGUGCUACUAAUGUUGACCCUAAUUCUGGAUUAUUCAUCACACUAAAUCCUAUUGCUAAAGGAUAUGGUGGACGUCAAAAAUUACCAGAUAACUUGAAACAGUUAUUUCGACCAGUUUCAAUGACAAAACCAGAUAUUGAUUUGAUAGCUGAAAUGAUUUUAUUUUCUGAAGGAUUUUCCAAUGCUCAAAUAUUAAGUCGUAAACUGGUGUCGGUUUUCUCAUUGGCAAAACAACUUCUUUCAGUACAACAACAUUAUGAUUGGGGUUUAAGAGCAUUAAAAACUGUUUUACAUUGUGCUGGUACACUUUUACAUACUGAUAAACAAAAUUAUGGGUCAAAUGAAUUGAAUGAUCAUAAUGAAAGACAAUAUGAACAAAGAUCUUAUGAAUAUGAAGCACAAUUUCUGAUACAAGCAAUUAAAACAAAUACAUUAGCUAAAUUAACAAAUUCUGAUGCUAAACAAUUCGAAAACCUCAUUAGAGAUGUAUUUCCUGAUUUGCGUUUACAUAAUGUACAGUUUAAGAAUCAAGAAUUGACCAAACUCAUUGAUUCAAUGCAUUCAGUAGUAAAAGAACAUAAUAUGAUAUUAGUAGGAGCUCAGAUUCAAAAAGCUAUCGAAUUAUAUGAACAAUUGUCACAACGUAUGGGUGUUGUAUUAGUUGGACCAUGUGGUUCUGGGAAAUCAACGAUUUUAAAUAUAUUACGCUUAGCAUUGAAUAAAAUAGGUAUAUCAAUACGUUCACAUAUAUUUAAUCCUAAAUCGAUGUUACGUGUACAGUUACUUGGUCAAAUUGAAGCAGAUACUAGAGAAUGGACAGAUGGUGUACUUACCCAUAGUGCGAGAUGUGUUGUUAAAGAAUGCAUAGAUCAAAAAUGUUGGAUUAUAUCUGAUGGUGAUAUUGAUCCUGAAUGGAUUGAAUCAUUAAAUUCUGUAUUAGAUGAUAAUCACUUACUAACAUUACCAAGCGGUGAACGUAUACAAUUUGAUACAAAUGUAAAUUUUCUAUUUGAAACACAUGAAUUAAUUCAUGCAAGUCCAGCUACUAUAUCAAGAAUGGGUGUUGUAUAUGUAAGUGAUGAAGCUAUUGAUUCGCAUGCAUUUGUUGAAGCCUGGUUAAUGAAUCAACCAGAAAUUGAACAAAAUCAACUGAAAUAUUUAAUAGAUCCAAUAUUUUACAAAUGUUUAGAAUGGGUCUAUCAAAAGAAUGAAUUUGUCGUUGAUACUAGUCCGGCUGCCAUAAUAUUUACUGGUCUUUCUCAUCUAGUUGGAGCAAUUACACCAGCGUUAUUUACUGUAGGCUUAAUACGUGGAUUAGGUGCAAAUCUUACAGAAUCUGCGCGUAAUGAAUUAGCUAUCAAAGUAUAUGAAGCUACAGGUGAAAAUCCACCUGAUAUAACUAGACCAUUGGAUGUACAGGUGGACCCAAAUAAUCCAAAUCGUUUAAUUUCAUAUUCAACAGAAACUAGUGUUGUAAUACUUGGGAAAUCUAUCCCACAUUACACUGGGUUUAAUUCCCGAUAUUCUGAAAUACCAUUAAAUAUAUGCAUUGAAGAUCCAAUCAUAGCAAAUGCAAUAGCUGACAGCCUAGCUUCUGGUCGCUCACCAUUAGUUUUAACACCUGAUGUCAGACGAUCUAUUGAUGCAUUCCGUUGCUGGUUAAAUAAUCCACUGUCGAAACAGUCAUUUUUAUUAGUUGGUCCUGAAGGAUGCGGUAAAACUCUUCUAUUAGAUUAUUGUUUUACUACAAUAUCUCAAUCAAUUCAUAUUAUCACUAUUCAAUGUUCAGCACAAACAACACCAAAUCAUAUUUUAGAUAAAUUAAUGCAAUAUUGUAUUUGUAUUAUAAGUACAACAUCAAAAAUGUCUAGUGGACGUAUAUUACGUCCUAAAGAAGGUGAUCAACUUAUUUUAUAUUUACGUGAUCUUAAUCUACCUAAACCAGAUAAAUGGGGAUCAUGUCAAUUAAUUGCAUUUCUACAACAAAUACUUACUUAUCAAGGAUAUUAUGAUCCAACCAGUUUAGAAUUUAUUAGUAUUGAAGGAAUUCAGUUUGUUGGCAGUUUUACACCAUCUACCACAUCAAUAGGACUUGGACGUUAUUCCUUAUCGAAGAGAUUCACAUCGGCUUUACGUUUAACUGUGAUAAACUAUCCUGAUAAAGAUCAGUUGGUUAAUAUAUAUACUUGUCUAUUACAAGCUACCAUUGUUUCUAAAUUACAAGCAAAUAACCAAUCAUUUGGUACAAAACAAUUAAGUCAUGAUAAUGGGAUGAAACAUAGUACUCAUAAAACAAUGAUUAAUACAGCUAGAAUACAUAAUAUGUCUACUAUAAUGAUUCAACUAUUAUCUGAACUACAACACAAUUUUCGCGCUGAUGAAUAUGCUCAUUGUGUAUUUACACCUCAUUUAUUAACUCAAUGGGUAACUGGAUUAUUACGCUAUGAUUUAAAUAUAUCAGUCAAUUACAUUUGGGCAGUAUUCGGUUAUGAAGCAAAACGUUUAUUUCGUGACUGUUUGCCCGGUGAAAAUGCACGUCAUCAAUUCGAUGUAUUAUUCAAUAAACUUUUAUGCAACUGUUUGAAUGAAUUAUCAAAUGAAAAAUGUGAUGAAGUACAAAUCACCCUAAAGCUAGCUACGGAGGAUUUCGAAUUAGUUGAAAAAGAAGAACGAAUUAAACAAUUUGACAAUGAUGAUGAUGAUCUUCUUAAAAGCUCCAUGUGUUGGUUUGUCACAUGGAGUGGGAAGCACCAAUUACCACCAGGUAGCCCAAUGUCAUUAUAUGGCCGACCACUAGGAUCUAUAACUUAUACACAAAUGAAAGAAACAGUCUUGAAAGGGUUAAAACAAUUAGCCAGAGAGAAAUCUCCUCAAGCUGAAAACUUAGUAUUAUUCCCAGAUUUCAUUGAUUAUAUAUGUCGUAUUGAUCGUGUGCUUAGUCGUCCAUCAGGUUCAUUAUUACUAGCCGGUAGAUCUGGUAUAGGCCGUAGAUCUGCUCUUAAUGUAGUCGCCCAUAUACAUCAGUUGAAUGUUUUUCGUUUACACACUGGUCGUGAUUAUCAAAUGCGUCAAUUUAUUACUGAUAUGAAAACAGUAUGCCAAGUAGCAGGUAUUGAAAACCAGCCAACAUUGUUAAUUAUUGAAGAUUAUCAAUUGAAAAGUGAAUACUUCUUAGAAAUUAUUAAUAGUCUUUUGGCGUGUGGUGAAGCAAGUGGUUUAAUUAGUGCUGAUGAAUUAGAAACACUUAUGUCUAGUGUUGCAUCAAAAAGUGGAGUGAAUUUCAAAGAACAAGCAGCUGAAGCUGGGCAUCGUGGACCAUUGACUGCUUUCUUUGCUGAACGUAUUCAUAAGAAUCUCCAUUUUGCCAUUAUUCUAGAUAUAGAUGAUUAUGAAUUAUUCAGUAAUUGGUUACAGUCAAAUCCUUCAUUUUAUAAAUAUUGUUCUGUUCAAUGGAUGGAUUGUUGGUCUAAAUUUAGUUUACUUCAAAUUCCCAAAUUAUUGAUACCUAAAUCUUGUAUACCGAAUAACACAAAUAGUUUUAUCCAGGCUUGUGUCAACAUACAUAAUUCAGCUCCUUAUCCUCAUAUGAUGACGCCCACACCACGUCACUUUAUUUCAUUAUGCACUAAUUAUACCCGAGUGGAACAAAAUCAUCGACAAAAAUUACAAUCAGAAGUUAAACGACUAAAAAGUGGUUUAAUUAAGUUGACAGAAGCACGUGAACGUGUGACACAAUUAAAAAAGCAUGCAGUUGAACAAGGUGAACUGCUGGUUGAAAAACAAACUGAAGCUGACAAAGCUUUAGAACAAAUAAGCGCUGCAAUACAGGGUGCAGCUGAACAACGUUCAGAAAUGGAGAAAUUACAAAGUCGGACAACAGAUGAAUCUACUCGUUUGGAACGUCGAAAAUUAGAAAUUGAUGCUGAACUCAAUGAAAUUGAACCAUUAGUUCAUCAAGCUAGAUCUGCUGUUGGAAAUAUUAAGUCAGAAGCUUUGUCUGAAAUUCGUGCAUUACGUGCACCACCGGAUAUUAUACGUGAUAUAUUAGAAGGUGUUUUAUUACUUAUGGGCAUACGUGAUACAUCAUGGGUUAGUAUGCGUGGAUUUUUAGCUAAAAGAGGAGUUCAAGAAGAGAUUUUGAAUUUUGAUGCUAGAAAAAUUACACCAGAUUUACGUCUUAGUGUUGAGGAGUUGUUAGCAAAAAACCAAGAAUCAUUUGAUCCAAGGGUUGCUAAACGUGCGUCUGUUGCAGCUGCUCCUUUAGCUACAUGGGUUCGUGCUAAUGUACAAUAUGCUAAAGUGUUGGAACGUAUUGCUCCGUUAGAAAAAGAGCAUGCUAAAUUAAAACAAUCAUUAAUCCAAGCUGAAAAUUCAUUGACAAAUUUAACGAAAGGUUUAAGUAAUGUAGAUUCUAACGUGGCUAAUCUACGGACUAUUUUUGAAAAGCGUACAUCUGAAGCAGCAAAUUUAAAAAUGGAGCUUGAAAAAACACGUGAAACAUUGUUGUCAGCUGAAACAUUAGUAGGUGAAUUAGAAAGUGAGCAUACACGUUGGGAGAAUCAGAUCAAUGAAAUAACUAUACAGUUAGCUAGUCUACCACCUUUGGCCCUGAUAGCAUCUGCAUUCAUAACCUAUUUAUCAGCUUGUCCUGAAGAUGUACGUCGACAACAAAUUACAAACUGGAUUAAAGAUUUAACUAAUCUUGGUAUAUUGCCAACAUCUUUAUCUUCUGAAAUAAACAAUGAUCGUACAUCAAGUCAAGAUUUUGAUUUACGUCGGUUUUUAUCUACUGAACAUGAGCAGUUAUUAUGGUAUAGUCAAGGUCUACCGUCAGAUCAGUUAUCAGGGGAAAAUGCUGUUACUAUUGUACAUACUACAAUGUGUCCAUUCAUUAUUGAUCCAUCAUCCAGAGCAUUAAACUGGUUAAAAGUUUAUUUGAAAGAUCAACGUUUAGAAGUUGUAAAUCAACAAAGUCCAAAUUUUAUAACAACAUUAGAAUUAGCUGUUCGAUUUGGAAAAUGUUUAAUUGUACAAGAAGUUGAUGAAAUUGAACCAAUACUUAUGCCAUUAUUAUUAAAAGAUUUAAUUAUACAAGGAUCACGAAAUUUUAUAAGAAUUGGUGAAAAAUUAAUUGAUUAUCAUCAAGAAUUUCGUUUAUUUCUAUGUACACGUAAAUUAUUAUAUGGUCUAGAUUAUAUACAACCAAUUAGUGCUAAUCCAUUAGUUACUAUAAUAAAUUUUAUUACAACACAAACUGGUUUAAUAGAACAAUUAUUAGAAAUUACAUUACAAAAUGAAUAUCCCCAAUUAGAAAUUCAACGUCAACAAUUAAUUCAUAAUGAAGAGGAAAUGAAAAUGGAAUUAGCUAAAUUAGAAAAUGAUCUAUUAGAGGAAUUAUCAAAUGCUCAUGGUAAUAUAUUAGAGAAUAAAGAACUGUUAUCAUCAUUGAAUAAAACAAAGCAAUCAAGUUUAGUUGUAACGAAUUCACUGAAAGAAUCUCUACGUUUACAGGCUGAACUGAACAAGGAGAGAAAUGUAUUUUAUCCAUUAGCUGAAACUAGCAGUCGACUUUAUUUCGCUUUGAAAGAUCUCAUGAAAAUUAAUUAUAUGUAUCAAUUCAGUUUAAACAGCUUUCUAUAUCUCUACCAACGUGCUCUCUCUAUGCCACAUAAAACGGGACUGAAGACAACGGAACGUAUUCAAUCAUUGCAAAAACAUGUAGAACAAUUAGUUUAUGAAACUGUCUGUCGAGCAUUAUUUAAACCAGAUCGUUUAAUGUUUGCAUUACACAUGGUUCGUACAAUGCGUCCACAAUCAUUGACAGAUGAAGAAUGGCUGUUUUUUAUUGGAUUAAAUGUAAUAGAAUCAUGUCAUACUAAUGAGAACCAUUUCAAUUGGUUGGAUACUGAACGAGCUCGUAACUUGAUGAAGCUUAAAGCUGCACUUCCCAAUAUUUAUGAUAAUCUAUGUUUUGAAGAUUCUCAAUUUUGGACAAAUUGGUUACAUGAGAAUGAUGUUGAAAUGAAACCAAUGCCUAAGAAUCUACAAUCCAAAUCAUUGACAGCUUUUCAUUUUACAGUUCUCGCAGUUCAAGCUCUUCGACCUGAUCGUUUAUAUUCCGCUAUGUCACAGUUUGCUAGUCGAACAUUAGAUUUACAUCAAUUAAGUCCAUCAACUUUGAAUUUACACAAAUUAUUUGAAACUGAAACAAGAUCAACAGAACCUAUACUAAUAUUAAUUAGUCCAGGAGCUGAUCCAUCACAAGAAUUAUCUGAAGCAGCUACACUUCAUUUUUCACGUAAAUUAUUUAAUAAAACAUCAGAGACAACUUCAACACAUUAUCGUCAAAUUGCUAUGGGUCAAGGUCAGACUGAUUUAGCUUUAAAAGAACUACAUUUAGCUGCAAAACAAGGUGAUUGGUUAUGUAUGAAAAAUUUACACCUUGUUAUACAUUGGUUACCAGUACUGGAGAAAGAAAUUAACACUUUACUGUUGAAUAGCAAUAAGAAAAGUUCAAUUAGUCCUAGCAACGAUGGUGAUAAAGAUGAUAAUUGUACAAUUAAUACAUCUAUUGAUACUGAACAUUGUGUACAUGAAGAUUUUAGAUUGUGGUUAACAGCAGAACCACGUACCACAUUUCCAUCUACAUUAUUACAAGGUUGCCUUAAAAUAGCUUAUGAAGCUCCACCUGGAUUGAAACGAAAUUUACAAAGAACUUAUGAAACUUGGCCAAGAAAUUAUAUAUCUCAAGGAAAUUCAAAGACCCGGGCAACUCUACUUGCAUGUCUAGCUUGGUUUCAUGCUGUUGUGCAAGAGAGACGAACUUAUAUUCCACAGGGAUGGACGAAAUUUUACGAGUUUACAUUUGCUGAUCUUCGUGCUGCAGCCGACGUAAUCGAUCGGUUAUUAUUGAAAGAUCAUAGUCAAAUAUCUAGAACAACUGAAGAUAUUUGGUCAUGGAUCUAUGGUUUAUUUGGUGAAUCAAUUUACGGUGGUCGUAUGGAUAAUACAGUGGACUUAAAUGUAUUAAAUUCUUAUCUAACUUCAAUAUUUAAUGAUGAUACAGUGAGAAAUCGUCAACUUGGUCCUUUCAAACUACCUGGUACAACUGAAUUAAAAGAUUAUAUUAUUCAAAUCAAUGCAUUACCUGAUCACGAUCUUCCUAUAUAUUUUAAUUUAUCAUCGAAUAUUGAAAAUAGUAUACAAAGAAAUGAAGCCAAUCGUGUUAUUACUCAACUUAGAUUACUUAAUCGACCAUUAAUGGAUAUAAAGCAUAAAUUUGAUAAAAAUUUAUGGAGUAAAGAAUUAGGACCAAUAUUGAUAUUAUGGAAGAAACUUAAUCAAGGUUUAAAUUUAUUACAGUCUCGAACAUCAAACAAAACUAACAAAUCUGCCGUGUCCAAAUCAGGAGACGAUGUCAGUUUUGAGAACAAAUCAACAACUGAAAGUCCGAUUCGAGAAUUUUUACAUUUAGAAUUAUAUAAUGCUCUUCAGCUUAUUCAACAUGUGCAUUCGAGUUUAGCUAGUAUUGCACGAGCAUGUAAAGGGACUCAGUUAGUAACUGGAGUAAUGCAUCAAUUAGCUAAAAGUUUAUUACAUGGUGAAACACCUGAUUCAUGGUUAUUACAAUGGCCUGAAGGACCGAAUGAGGUAGUCCCUUUCCUACGAGAACUAGUUGUUAAAUCAAAUGCUGUACAAACGUGGACCAAACAGGUAGAAAAUAAUCAGUUUUCCAAUGAACAAAAUGUACAAUGUUUAGACUUAGCUAAUCUAUUUCAUCCGGCCACCUUUUUAAAUGCUUUACGUCAACAAAGUGCAAGACGCUUGAAUGUACCAAUUGACACACUUAAACUAUCAUGUCAAUGGCUGGAACCGAAUGAUCGUAGGACUAUUUCCUCUAGUAAUAAUCAAUCAUUACCAAUACGUAUUACGAAUUUAAAAUUGGAGGGUGCCAAUUUCCGAAAUGGUCAACUUAGUCAAAGUUGCCAAAAUGAUCCAAGUCUAGUUCAACUACCAGAUAUUUUAUUAAAAUGGACUCAAAAAGAUGAACAAGAUCCAUUGAAUGAAAGCAAUUCCAUUCAUUUACCAAUUUACACAAAUAAUACUCGUGAACAUUUAGUGACAUUUAUUCGAGUCCCCUGUCCUUCAGGUAGUCAAAAUCGAUGGAUUCAAGCUGGAACAGCUUUAUUACUUCAUUGUUUGUAA